AUGGAAUACAAAGAAGUUGCAGCUGGCACCGCGUGGCUGCCCAAAUUGAUAGAAUUGUUUUGGCCGGCGGAAGGAAGCACAUUGGAAGCCCCCGAACCGAGGACGAAUUCGCUUCAACGUUUGGGACACUGCUGGACAAGGGAAGUUUGGUGGACUCCUGAUGGCUAUUACAUUCAAGGUCAAUGCGCAAUAAUCGCUUUCGAUGUGACGGCUCGUGUGACCUAUAAGAACGUUCAAAAUUGGCAUCGGGAUCUUGUUCGAGUCUGUGAAAACAUUCCAAUUGUGCUUGCUGGCAACAAGGUCGAUAUGAAAGACCGAAAAGUUAAAGCAAAGACGAUCACCUUCCAUCGCAAGAAGAACCUCCAGUAUUACGACAUCUCAGCCAAGUCCAACUACAACUUUGAGAAACCUUUCUUGUGGCUUGCAAGAAAGCUUCUUGGAGAUCCAAACCUCGAGUUUGUUGCAAUGCCCGCGCUUGCUCCACCAGAGGUUCAAAUGGACCCAGACAUGAUUCAACAAUACGAGCGAGAUCUCAAGGAGGCUGCUGAUGCAAAUCUUCCUGAUGACGACUACGAUUUGGGAAUCGUUUCGAGGGAUCGUUGGCGCCAUAAGAAUUUUCAAAUUGCUGUUAAAUUUAAUAUUUAUCAUUUUAAAAUUCAACUAUGUCAAAGCAGUUCGGUGAAA